UCCACAUUGAGCCAAUGGAAAACAAACUGAACGGUCCAUCCAUAUGAGCAGGAAAUCGCUCGGAGCGCGUUGCGGAACCUGGAGCAGAUAAUAGAAGUGACCGAAGCAGCACAGGUCUCCUCCUGACAGCACGCUUAUUGAUUUCAAAAUGUUGUUAUUACAUCCAGAAACUGUUAAGCAAUGUUUGUCCGUUUGAGAGAAGCUCUUGUCUUUCUAACAGCCAGACACGCUGACGGAACAUCGUGAUCCUCUGAGUUGAUCUUUACUUUAUGUGGAUGAAAAAUGGCAACAAAAAGCAGGUUUUUGCUACAGAGACUCCUCAGUGGGCUUAGAACUCCCUCUGUCAGGUAUCAGAAGGUAAUAUUGACCUCAAGGGGAAGACGCGUGCAGUUGAGAGCUCCGGUCAGACAUCUGAGCUGCUCGGACACACUGCACAGACCUGCCUCUGCCUCCACAGGUCUCAGCAGUCUGUCAUUCAGGAGUCACACCUGCGGAGAGCUGAGGUCAGAUCAUGUGGGAGAAAAGGUCACUCUAUGUGGCUGGGUCCAAUACAUCAGACAUGAGCUGUUUGUCAUCGUCCGAGAUUUCAGUGGCCUGACUCAAGUUCUAAUUCCUCAGGAAGAGUCUGCGAAUCACUUAAAACAAGUGCUGUGUGACGUCAAAGUCGAGUCAGUCAUCAAGGUUACGGGAACAGUCAGAAAACGACCGGCAGGGCAGGAGAACAAGAAGAUGCCAACUGGAGAAAUAGAGGUCCUGGCCGAAGACGUGGAUGUUUUCAACGUGUGUCAGAAGUUGCCUUUUGAGAUGAAAGAAUUUGUCAAAAAGUCAGAGUCAUUACGGAUGCAGUAUCGCUACCUGGACCUGAGGUCGUCACAGAUGCAGAGGAACCUCCGACUCAGAUCUCAGCUGGUGAUGAAGAUGAGAGAGUAUCUCUGUAAUGUUCACGGUUUUGUGGAUGUAGAAACGCCAACCUUGUUCAAAAGAACGCCAGGGGGAGCCAAAGAGUUUGUGGUUCCCUCCAGAGAGCCAGGCUUGUUUUAUUCUCUGCCUCAGAGUCCUCAGCAGUUUAAACAGCUCCUCAUGGUGGGUGGUGUUGACAGGUACUUCCAGAUAGCUCGGUGCUACAGAGAUGAGGGCUCCAAACCAGACCGGCAGCCCGAGUUCACACAGGUAGACAUAGAGAUGUCUUUUGUGGACCAGGCAGGUAUCAUGUCCCUGGUGGAGGGUCUGUUGCAGUACUCCUGGCCCUCAGAGAAAGGUCCCAUUACCGUUCCUUUCCAGACUAUGACAUAUGAGGAAGCUAUGAGGGACUAUGGUGUGGACAAACCUGACAGUAGAUUCAGUAUGAAGCUGAUCGACCUCAGUGAGGUUUUCUUAUCAACACAAAUUGUGUUCCUCAGAUCAGCUCUCAGCCAAUCAGAUGGCUCUGUACAAGCACUCUGUGUCCCCAGUGGAGCGAAACUUUUCACUGGGAGGGAUUUGGAAGAGCUGAGGCAAACAGCCCAGCUUAAGUUUGGACAGGAGCUGAGUCUGGUGCUGGUCAGACCAGAUGGGACAUUAAAGUCUUCCUUGAAGAAGCUGCUAUCUGACUCUGUCACGGAGGACCUGCUGAGGAGGACUGAAGCCAAACCAGGAGACCUGCUGCUGAUAGCGGCCGGCCCCCUCCAAACUGUGCGCCCGUUACUGGGUAAUCUUCGCCUGCAGAGCGCACAGCUCCUGGAGUCCCGAGGUCUUACACUCCGCGACCCUUCGGCCUUCCGAUUUCUGUGGGUUGUGGAUUUCCCUCUUUUCUUGCCCAAAGAGGACAAGCCAGAAGAGCUAGAGUCAGCCCAUCAUCCAUUUACCGCUGCGCUACCAGAAGACGUGCAGUUUCUCUUCACAGAGCCACACAGGGUACGAGGUCAACACUAUGACCUGGUUUUGAACGGCUGUGAGAUUGGAGGAGGCUCCAUUCGCAUCCACAAAGGCUCAGAGCAGUUUUAUGUCUUGACGAAUAUCCUCAAGGAGGAUCCCAAUCUUCUCUCCCACCUGCUGGAGGCAUUGCAUUCAGGUGCACCACCUCAUGGAGGCAUUGCCCUUGGUUUGGACCGACUGGUCUCCAUUAUAGUCGGAGCACCCAGCAUCCGUGAUGUCAUUGCUUUCCCUAAGUCCUUUAGAGGUCAUGACCUCAUGAGCCACGCACCCGACUCGGUAUCUGACGAGGAGCUGAAGCCUUACCACAUUUCCGUCAAAUGGCCAACAGAGUAUGGAGGAGGAGAAAGGAAGUGAGGAGAAGAAAGAUAUUUUUACAUCAAGGUUGUUGUUGCAGAUCUCUGUAACCCCGACAACAGAGGAAAAUCGGGUCAGGAUGAGGUCAAUGAAAAGAUCUGAAGACUGUAGCACACCUGCUGCCUGGCCAUCAGCAGGCGGAGAAAUCUUUAGAAGGGGAUGUUUUGGCUCCAUUUCAGUACUGAGGAUUCAAAAUAAGAGGAAAAAGAAAUGCAGACCACAUCUGAAACACAGGUUGGAAAAAAGAGGAAAACUUUUCUUUUCAGUAACAAAGACCAUUGUGGUUAAACUAAUUUUUGAUUUUAUUUAAAAAGUUUGUUUUGAGGACUUAAUCUCUGGUAGCUGUUGUCUCUUGUUUGUGAGCUUGUUUCACCUCAACAAGAAUAAAGCUGUUGAGAAAAACUGUCAUUAUUUAUUAGUCAUUACUAAAUUUAAGCACACUGGGACCUUUAUUUCAAUGCUCAAUGUAGAAAACACUUACUUAUUCAUGAACCUGCAGUCGGGUGCAGAUACAACAUGUUACUGAAAUCCAUGUUCAGUAUAAAGCUGUCUCUUUAUGUAUUUACCUUCUUUUUGACUCUUUUAGACUCAUGACAAUGGUAAUAUCAUUGUUAACAAAAAUAGAUCUGCUGUCGGUUUCUCUGAUCUGCAGAUUUGCUUCGUUUGCUAAUUUUACAGUGGCCACAUGGAAUAAAUUAAACUCAUUUUAAGUAUUUGAGCAGUACAUUAAUAUUAACUUUAAACCUGUAGAAAUGGCUUUUUCCCCCCUUCGUUAUUGCACUCGACAAAAUAGGGCAUGCUACUCUGAACAAUCAACAAACUGCUCACAUCACACACGAUUGCUGAAGGAAAAGG